AUGGUUAGCGUCCUCAAGAAAGAGCAGAUUACUACUACCUUCAAAUACAGAAUGGGUUUGCUUGGCAAGUCCGCCUAUGUUGGUGAUGGUGAUGAGCCACCUGAGGUUUGUCUUCCACCAAAACCAGGCGAGAAGCCAUUAACAGAAGAGGACAAGAAAGAACUCGAAAAGAAAAAGAGACGUUAUCCAAAAGAAAUGCAAGAAUACAAGGCUCUCUUCUCUGAGGGUACUUCGCUUUACAGACGAAAUGAAUAUACGCGAGCUAUAGAAGCUUUUACGAAAGCGAGUGAGCAGCAGGUAGAUCAUCCCGACUUAGAUAUAUUAGUCGAUCGUGCAGAUUGUUAUAUUCAGAUUGGCAAGCCUGAGAUGGCCCUCGAAGACGUUAAUAAGGUUUUGAGCUCAGAACCUCAAAAUGCUCGUGCCAUUCUUACAAAGGCCGAAGCAUAUUUCUCAAUGGGUGAGUUUGAAUUCGCCCUUGUUUACUUCCAGCGCGGUUUAGCAAUCCGUAAAGACAUGUCAGGUUUCCGUGAUGGUGUUACAAAAGCUAAGCACGCCAUUCUUGACUCAAUCAAUGGAAAGGAAAUUUUCCAGCCAAAUCCAAAUUAUUCAUCCAGCAGACCAAGAAAAGCUUUAUACGAAUCUCGCGAACUUCCAAAGACAGAGCAGGAACCACAAGCUGAGUCACAGCAGCCAGAACAGCCACAGAAGGACAUUUCUAGAUUACUUCCAGAGCAGGUUGCUCCACUUCAAUCAACAAACGAGAAACAGAACUUCCUUGGCGAACUUUCAUUAGAUUACGACUUCCUUACAGAGCUCCAGGCCGAACUUCGCGAUCAGGCUAAGAAGGCAGAGAGCGAGAAGAAGGAUGAUGGAAAGAAUAAGCAAGAAGAACAUGGAAAGAAGGAAGAUGAAGAGAUCCAAGUUAUAGUUAAUGAUGCUUUAGAAUAUCUUAACCAGCGUGGAGCAUUCUGGAAUCAACAGCGCUCUAAAUCUGCAUCUAACGAAGAUAAGGAAAAGUCUAGAACAAUCAAAGGCCCAACAACUUCAUCACUUAAUAAGUCUCCAAAGGCUAAGAAGGCUGGAUCAAAGAAGUCUCAGACAGCUCAUUAUGAGAUGAGUAAGUUACAACAAUACGAAUCUAAGUAUCCUUCAACAUCCGAAAACCAGGCUUAA